AUGCUGCGUCUAGCGUGGUGCUCUACGGCGGAUGCGGCAGCUUCCGCGAAACUCACGGCAGCAGCAGCAGCAGCAGCAGCAGCAGCAGCAGCAGUCGCGCGUCAGUCGUACGAACGACCUUUCACCGUGAACGUGAACGUCCCGUUCCGCACCAUGAUCCCUUACGUUGCGCUCUCCGCGUCCCCGUCCGCAUCUCCCUCCGCAACAACCGCGCGCUCUUGCGCGCGUCCUCGUUAUAGAGAACCUUUGAGCUCGGCGAAUGUCGCGCGAGCCAGUGUAUUUGCGGGCCGCGUUAUCCAAUCUCAGAGCAUGCGCUUUCUUCCCGCCACUUUGAGCUCUUCCGUAGCUCCGCCGUGUUGUGCGUAUUACACUCAGGCUAACUCCCCGAGCUCGUACGCGCACCCACCGAUCAACAGUCACUCGGCAGCGUCGCAUUCGCUACUGUCACCCUCGCCCGGCUCGUUGCUUCACGACCCCAGGAGCUUCUUCCCGUUUGUGACACCUUCGCACUCGCGGAGGCACACGGGAGGACCCCGAGCGGAGCGCGGGGGGAAGCGGGGAUGGGGGGAGGAUCGGUGGAGAGGCAGGGCGGAAGACCGGCGCGGAUGGGGGGAGAGUCGGGGUUCCGCGCGAGAGGGGGAGCGCGCAUGGGGAGACGAUCCGCGGAGCCGCCAGGAGCCUUUUGAGAUUUCCCAAAGGCGCGGGAGCGCCGGCGGCGGCAGGCGAGCACCGCCGCCUUUUCGCGAGGAAGCGAGUCGUCCUGUAUCGGAGAUAGAUUUUGACGAGCGGGGCGUCGGGCGCGGCAGCCACUCGUUUUUUGCCACGUGUGCGCCGGGGCUAGAGGCGGUGGUUGCGGAGGAGCUCCAGUCGCGGCUGAUUGGCGCAUGGGACGUGGUUCCGGGAAAAGCGGGCGUGGCGUUUCAAGGCUCGACGGAAACGGCGUACAGGGCCAAUCUGUGGCUGCGCUGCGCGGUGCGCGUGCUGCACGAGGUGGCGGCGUGCAACCUGCGCGCGCGCUACGGCCGCGCGGAUGGGGACUCGCUCUACCGCUUCAUGCGCGCCGCCGCGGAUUGGCCGAGCCUCUUAGCAGGCCCGGGGGAAAUCGGCGAGGGAGAGGCGAGGGAAGUCGGGAGGAGGGGAGCAGUAGCAGGACGAGCAGUAGGGGGGGGAAACGUGUCAAGGCGCAAGCGCAAGCCAGUGACGUUUUCAGUGCAGAGCCGCGUGUGGGACUGCCCUGACAUCCGCACGUCUCAGCUAGCCUCCACGCGCGCUAAGGACGCCAUUUGCGACGCCAUGCGGGACGCUCAUAACGGGUACAAGCCCCCGGACCCGAGGGACUGGGCUGGGGGAGGGGGGGGAGCGGGCGGAGGGGGCAGAGGGGGCGAAAGGGACAGCAGGGGCGGCGGAAGGGGGGGUUUUGCGGACCACGGCACUCUCCUCAUAGAAGCAGCUCUCAUGGCUUGCCGCAUUGCCCCCGGCUCCUUCCGCUGCUCCUCCCAAUAUCCCUCCCCUUCCUCCUUCCCCUCCUCCUCUUCUUCCUCCUACUCCUCCCCCUCCUCCGCCUUCUCCUGGCCCUUCCACACGUGGCACGACUUUGACGCCGCCACGUGGCGCGCCGUGAUUCGCGAGGCGGAGUCGCUCCGACGCACGCCGCCCGCGGGAGUGUCCUUCCACGGCAACGACGUCCACGAGGGCGCACUGGCGCUCUGCCAGCGCGACGCUGACAGGGCGGGCGUGGGGCGCUGGAUCCAGCUCAGCAGGGGAGAUUGCGAGGAGUACGUGCCAGCUGUCGCGCCGUCGUUGGUUGUCGUGAACCCGCCGUGGGGCACGAGGCUGGGAGAGACAAGCGGAGAGGAGGGCCAAUGGCUGGCUGACACGUGGCACCGCCUGGGUGUGUUCCUGCGCCGGCAGUGCAGGGGAGCAGAGGCGUUUGUGCUGAGCGGCAUCAUGGCGUUCUGCGUCUCUUGCCCCUCUGCGGAGAUUCUCCACCCAUGCACCCGCCCGCAAGCGCAUACCUCCGCCGCCGGCGCAUCCCGCUUGCGCCCCGCCUUCCGCGCCCAACUUGUCGCCGCGCUCCCCGCCUCUUCCGCCUUCCUGACGCGCGUACCGGUGCGCAGCGGCAGGUUGACACGUGUCGGUUCCACGUCCAGCCACGUGUCCAAGCGCGCAAUAACUCCGCGCGCCACCGCGGAGGGAAGCGGGGGGAAGCCGCCGAGCGACGGCGAGACGUUUCUGGGAGUGUACGGGCCGUGGAAAAUAGAAGAGUCGGACCGCACUGAGGUGUUCCUAUACCGAGCAGGCCUCGUCACAGCAUCCCUCUCCUUCCUCCUAGCAGCCUCUUCCGCCUUUCUCCCCCCGGACUCCCCCCUCCUCCCCCUCGCCCUCCCCGUCCUCGACCCUCUAUUUGCGCUCGGCGCCGCAGGCCUAGGGACGUCCUUAUUCCUAAUCCACAUCUAUGUAACGCAGAUUAAGAGGGCCCUGCAGCUGCUGUGGCUGGUGGGGGUGGUGGGGGCGGUGGCGCUGGCGGGGGGUUAUGCGGGGAGGGAGGGCGUGGGGGUGGUGGAGUAUGUGGUGGGGCAUGGCGGAGGGGUGUGGGCCGUGGGGCCGCUGUUUGCUGCUCUCACUGGCUUGGUGUUUAAGGAAGGGCUGUGCUACGGCAAGCUAGAGGCGGCGCUGCUUGUGUUUGUCAUCCCCACUCUACUGCUGGGCCACCUAAGUGGGCUCAUGGACGUGACAUUGGAGAAGGGUCUCCUCGCUGUGUGGAUGGCACUCUUUGCCGUCUUCGCUGCACGCAAGUUCACCCAACCCGUCAAGGAUGACAUUGGAGACAAGAGUGUAUUCAUCUUUCAAGCCUUACCAGAGCAGCAGCAGCAGGAGCUACUUGCACGCCUCAACAUGCAGAACCGGGACUCUGAAUGA